AAUUAAAGUAUCAACAAAAUUAGCCUUCCUUUUGGCAAGAAACUACUUCAGGAUCCAUGGACUAAUAGCACCCGUAUUCACAGGAAAUUAAUUAUUUAAUGAUUUUCCUGUCACCAGAUAAGUUUUCUCCAUUACUGACCUUUGUUUUAUAUCACCAAUUUUUCAAAAGUUUAAAAGUGAAAUGUUUAAAUCAUUUGCUCCUAGCAUUAUUGUACAUGAAAUACUGCAUACUGUUGUAUUUUAGUAGACUUGAGCUACACAAAGUUAGAAAAUAUGUGAUCCAGCACAGUUUUUACACUAAUAAACUGCUGUUGUAGAUUAGAAUAGCCUGGAGAAUAGCUUGCUGUGAAUUGCGGGUAUAUUUGUUAAAGUUCUAACAGUUUUCCUAUGUUCUGUUGAAUGUUUAAUUGAUUGAGUUGAUUCUUUAAUCUUUUUAUUUAAACAGGACAGAGGGAUCCUUCUCAGACAUGACUGAGGGGAUCUGGGGUGAACGGAGCCAAUGCAGUGGUCACUUUGAAAUCCUGCGCCCAGAUGGCACCGUGAUCCCUGUAAAUUCAGAGGGUCAGAACUGCCUCUAUCAUGCUGUUGUCCAGGCAACCUGGAAAGACCAAGGUGAUAUGAGAAAUGAGGCAGUUAUCCUCAGGAAUGAAAUCAAACAUACUCUUCAACAAAACUUACCGAGAUACUUGGAAGUUUUGAAGCUGCAGAAAGAAUUUGAAGAAACAUGUAUGUCCCCUGGAAGAUAUUACAUCUGUGGAGGAGAAGGAGGGAAAGAAGAAAAACAAAAAAUUAUCGGUGAUUGGAAAAAUGAAUGCAAUAAAGAAGCAUGGGAACAAUAUUCAAUAGUUAGGACAUACGGUCUUGGUAUGGUCGGAAAGCAUGAUGCGUUAAAAGCCAUAACGAAAGAUAUCAAGGGUGGGAAACUCACUUUGUUUGAUGAAAGGAAUGAAGAUGAAGUAAUUUUAGAGGCUGUGGAAGUGGAAGCAGACCAUAUCCCUCCUAAAUGUGUCUUCAAAAAUCUAAAUGGAAAUCCUUUCUACAGAGUGGCAAAGUGGCAGCUUGAUACCAAACAUACCGAAUAUCCUCUACUUUUUCUUUCUAAAGACGUGGAGCAGACCAUUAAGGCCUAUGAGGACAUUAUUAAGUCUGAAAAAAUAGAUGAAAACAAAUCCUUAAAACAAAAAGCCAUUGAAAUUUGCUUUGUGAAAAAUGAGUAUGAGAAGAUGAUCCUUGAAAAAAUGAGGCUGAUUGAAGCUGAUCCCAAUAACCAAAAAAAACUGGAGGAACUUAAAAAUAAAAUGUCUGAAAAGCAGGCUCUUUAUGAUCUGAUUUGUGAAAGUGGAGAUAACGGGGCAUGCAGAAAUGUUCAUGAGUCGCAUCACAAAGGAGGCCUCACUUAUGGCGGCUCUACAUGUGCUCAGGCUAUCAGUGCAAUCCUUCAACGUACCCUUCUUUCUGGUGAUGGAGAAAAACUGAUAAAAUGGUCACUGAUGGCAGCAAAUCCAGAGGUGUCAAAACCCAUCAAAAAGACUGUUAACAGUAAGUGA